AUGAAAAAUAAUACAAAUCAAUUAUUAAUUUGGUUAAAAGCAUUUAAAAAUACUUGGUUAUUAGAAAAUAUUCCAAAUGAUACUCAUGCAGUUGAUUUAAUUAAAACUAAACUUCUUGAACUUGAACAAUUAAUAAUCGAAAAUAAUGAUGAUGAAGAAGAAUAUAAUCGUGCAAAACUACUUAAUGAUGGUAGUUCAAGUAAUAGUGAUACUGAACAAAUAGCUAUUGCUUCAACAUCAACACAUGAAACAUUACCUGAAUGUUCAUUAGCAAUAUCAUCGAAUAUGCAUUUUCAAUUAGAUAAUGAAACUGAAGAAGAACAAUCAAAACGAAUUUUACUAGAACAAAGUGAUAGUAGUCAAAACGAAAAUGAUAAAUUGUCAUCAUCAGAUGAUGAUGUUUUCUUAUUACGACCAAUUAUUCGUUUAAAACGAAUUUCACAAGCUGAUGCUGAACGUUAUAUGCCAUCAACAUGGAAAAAUAUAAAUUCAAAAAAACUAUCUACUGGCAGUGAUUCAUCAAUUAGUCAAGGACAACAGAUACUCGAAUCAUCAAAUAGUGAUGAUAUUCCAAGAAAUUCAAAUAUUUUCGAAACAUUAACACGAUCCAAUGACGAAAAGAAAGCCAAAGAAAAAUUACUAGCAUCUGAUAAUGAUCAAGCUAGUAUAUCAUCUACAACACAUAAAAGUCACGAAACAUCAACAACUAGUUCAACGUCUGAGGACGAUGAUGAUGAUUUUAGUAUUAAAAUUCGUACACGCAAGUCUUUAUUAAAAAAAACUGAAAGAUCACCAAUUAAACUACGUAAAAGUACAACUCGUUCUCAUAAAAAACAUGAUAUUGUUAUUAAUUAUAAUCUAUCGUCAACAGUACCAAAUGAAUCAUCAUUAGAUGAAACACCAUUAGAAGACCCACCAUUAGAAGAACCAUCAUUAAAAGAUUCAUUAGCUAUUGUUGAACAAAUAAAUCCAAUGGAAGAAGAUCAAAUCUUAGAAGAUGUUAUAGAAAAUAAUGAUAAUGAAUCAAUAUUGGCAUCAAAUGAUAUAAAUCAAGAUAAACCAAUGGAAACUAAUCAUAAUGAUGAUGAUGUAGAAGAAGCAUCGAACAAUGAUAUUGAUUCAUCAACCACUCAAGAUUCUCCUCAUGAUGGACCACCAAUUGAAGUUCCAUCAUAUGCUCAUUUGCUUACGCGUUCAAAAUCAUCAUCAGAUUCGGAUGAUGAAAAUUUAAAUGAUAAUGUUAAGAAAAAAUCAUCGGUUAAAGAUAAAAAUCAAUUGAAUAAUGGCAAACGUUCGACACGAUCAUCAUCUAAUUCUGAUGCAUCAACAAUUAAAAAGAAAUCAAAACAUACAAUUAAACAACGAGUUGCACUUUCAUCAUUUUCAUCGUCUACUGAUGAUGAUGAUGAUGAUGAUGAUAAUGAUAAAGAAUUGAAAUCAACAACUGCUGAAGAUACAUCUACUGUUUCACCAAAGCAAUCAUCAGGUCGAAUCCGAAUUCAACGCUCAUCAUCAUCAUCAUCGUCAUCUGAAGAUUCAAAUAAUAGUACUGAAAUGUCAACAAAACGUUCCAAAAAACAACGUAGAAAACCAAGUGUUUCCAACGAACGUUCAAAUGCUUUAAAACAAAUAAAACGCAAAAAAAGAGACAAACAAAAUUCAACAUCUAGUCGUACUUCAGAUAGUAAUGAGAAUAGUCAUGAUAAUAAUAGUGAUAAUCAAACGAAAACAAAAAAGACUAAAUUAAAACUUACUGAUGAUGAAAAUAAUACAACAACAGAUGAUCAAGAUGAAGAAGAAGGAAUUUCUUCAACAAAACGAAAACAUGGCCGAAAAAAUAUUCGAAAAAUAAUUGAUGAUAAAGAAUUACAUCGACAAACAAAAGAUGCUAUUGAAGCUGAACGUGAACGUCGAAAACGUAUAGCUGAAAAACAGAAACAAUAUAAUGAUACAUUACUUGAACAAUCAUCUUAUAUGUCAACAAGUGGAAAUGAUGAAUUAAAUAAUUCAAAUCAUCGUUUAAUACUUGAAUUAGAUAAAAAAACAAAUGAACCUUUAAUUGAAGUUUCACCAAAAUUAGUCGAACAACUUAAACCACAUCAAUCAGAUGGUAUAAGAUUUUUAUGGAAUAAUGUUUUUGAAUCAAUUGAUGCUAUAAAAAAGAAAAAACAUAAUGGUAAUGGUUGUAUUUUAGCUCAUUGUAUGGGUUUAGGAAAAACAUUACAAGUAAUUAGUUUUAUUCAUACAGUUUUUAAUUAUGAUAAAAUAACGAAAGUAAAAACAUGUCUUAUUCUUUGUCCAAUUAAUGCUGCUCUUAAUUGGACAAAUGAAUUUGAUUAUUGGUUAACAGAUGUUGAACCACCUCUUGAUCAUUAUCAAUUAACAACAGUUAAACCAAAUUUGCGUGUUAGUCAUUUAAAUUAUUGGUAUGAAAAUGGUGGAGUUACUAUUAUGGGUUAUGAAAUGUAUAGACGAUUAGCAAAUGGUUUUGGACUUAAAAAUAAAAAACUUAAAGCUGACGCAUAUAAAUGUCUUGUUGAUCCAGGACCGGAUAUUAUUGUUGCUGAUGAAGGACAUAUUUUAAAAAAUGCUCAAACAGCUCUUGCAAAAUGUUUAUCAAAAAUUAAAACAUCUCGUCGUAUUGUUUUAACUGGUACACCAUUACAAAAUAAUCUUAUUGAAUAUUAUUGUAUGGUAUCAUUUAUUAAACCAAAUUUACUUGGUAGUCAAUCAGAAUAUAUAAAUCGUUUUGUUAAUCCAAUUCAAAAUGGACAACAUCGUGAUUCAAAUGAACAAGAUGUUUUUUUAAUGAAACAACGUGCAUGUGUUUUGCAUGAGCUUUUAACUGGUUUUGUUGAUCGAAAAGAUUAUUCAUUAUUACAAGAAUAUUUACCACCAAAAUUUGAAUAUAUUAUAAAUAUACGAUUAAGUGAUUUACAAUCAUGUUUAUACGAUAUAUAUUUAAAACAACAAGUUGAUCAAGCACAACGUUCAUCUGUAUUAAAAAAAGAUUUUAAAUCAGCAAAAUUAUUCGCUGAUUAUCAAUAUUUACAAAAAAUAUGGACACAUCCAUUUUUACUUUAUCCACAUUUUAUUGAUCGUUGGAAAAAACGAUUAAAUAAAGAUGAUGAUAGUUUAAUUGAUGAUAAUGAAUUAGAAGCUAUGUUUAUUGAUGAUGAAGAAAAUGUUGAAGAAUUGAAAAAGAAAAAUAAGCAAUCAAAUGAAAAAGAAAAAGAGCCAAAAUUAGAAAGUAGCUUUAGUGGUUUUUUAAUUGACAAUAUCCAAACUGAAAUCGAUGAUAUUAAACCAAUGACAAUAAAAACAACUAAACGUAGAACAUCCGAUUCAUCAACAACAACACUUAAUUCUGAUUCAUCAAAAGAUGAUGAUAAAAUCAUAGAUCAUAUUGAUUCGGAUUCAAAAUCAACAAAUAGUGAUCAUGAUAUUGAAAUUAUUAAAAGUUAUCCAACACGAAGUCGAACAACAAUAAAUAAUACACCCAAAAAAAGUGCUUCAUCAAUAACUGUUGAUUCAAGCAUAUUUGAUACAGAAAAUAAUCAAGAUACAAUCGAAGAAAUAAAUAAUAAUGAUGAGAAUAAUAAUAAUAAUAAUAAUAAUGAACAAGAUGAAAAUUCCGAUGAACCAUGGUUAGAUGAAAUGCGUGAACAAUUUUGGUUUCCAUUCUUAGAUAUGUUACCUAAAGAAAGUAAAUUUGAUAUGGAAUUAAGUGGAAAAUUUUUAUUAUUAAAAUUUAUUAUUGAUAAAUGUGCUGAAAUAGGUGAUAAAAUUCUUUUAUUUUCACGUAGUAUAUAUGCAUUAAAUUUUAUUGAAAAUUUUUUAAAACAUUUACAUAUGGAAAAUGAAAAAGAAUAUCAAAAACAAUGUGAAUCACGACGACAAUUACGUGAAAUUCUUUCAUCUAAUGGAGAUAAUGAUAAUGUUACAAAUGACUAUAUACCUGAACCAGUACAAUGGAUACGUGAUCAAGAUUAUUUUCGUAUGGAUGGUCAAACAGAGAUUAUAUCAAGAAAACGUUAUGCUAAAGCAUUUAAUGAUUCAUCAAAUUUACGUGCUCGAUUAUUUCUUAUAUCAACAUUAGCUGGUGGUAUUGGAAUUAAUUUAACUGGUAGUAAUCGAGUUAUUGUUUUUGAUGCAAGUUGGAAUCCAAGUCAUGAUACUCAAGCAAUAUUUCGUUCAUAUCGUUUUGGUCAAAAGAAACCAGUUUAUAUCUAUCGACUUUUAGCUCAUGGUACAAUGGAAGAAAAGAUUUAUCAACGACAAGUUGUUAAACAAUCAAUAUCACAGCGUGUCGUUGAUGAUCAUCAAUUAGAUCGUCAUUUUACUCAAAGUGACAUCAAAGAAUUAUAUAAAUUUACACCAGAACAAUUACCAGAAGCUCGAUCAUCAUCAACACUUUUAACAGAAUUGGAUACAAAUUUUAAGUAUCCAAUACCUAAAGAUCAUCUUUUACUUGAUCUUUUAUAUGAACAUAGUCGUUGGGUACAUUCAUAUCAUUCUCAUGAUUCAUUAUUAGAAAAUAAACUUGAUGAAGGUCUUAGUGCUGAAGACCGUCGUCGAGCUCUUGAAGAAUAUGAAAAUUUAAAACGUUUACCUGAUCAGCGUCAAAUAGCUAUCCAACGUUUUCAACAACAACAGCAAUUAAAUGCUUUUAUUGCUCAACAACAAUUAGCAGCAGCACAAGGACGAAGACCUCCUCAACAUGUUCAACAAUUAUAUUCAGAUUUUUAUCAAACACUACAAAAUGUCAAUGGACAAAAUAUCGAUGGACAAAAUUUAGAAUUUGCACGAGCACUUCAAAAUUUUUAUGAUAUGAAAAAUGCUAGAGAAAUAGCUAAUAAUCCAGCAAAAUUAACCAAUAAACGUACACAACCACAAAUGAUAAAUCAAAAUACUACAACUGGUUUAGUUCCAAUUCAACCUCGGCCAACAACUGUCAGCACAACAAAUGUCAAUCCAAAUGUUGUUAUACUUCUAGAUAGUGAUGAUGAAACGGAAAAUGAUAGAACAAAUACAAUAGCGAAAUGA